UAUGCCAAAUAUGCCAAACAUAAGAUUCCAUGGCGUUGUGGCAUGGACGGAAAAGCAUAUUUCAUCUCAACAAAUCGUUAUAUGUCAUUACGAUACGAUUGGCACUAUAAAGUACCUCAUAAAUUUGAGUUUGAAGCGUCUUUUCAAGCAAUUCACAGAAACGAUAGAAAAUGCCAAUCAACCGUAGUCAAUUUGUCAGCAACAAACAGCUCCAGGCAUUUCACUUCACCGUUGUUUCCCAGUUUCUCGCUACCAAACCAGGUUUGUACAUGGCUUAUCACUGCCCCAGAAGGUCAUGUGGUCCGUCUCCAGUUUUCGCAUUUUGUCAUACAUACAAACAACAACUGUAAGGGUUACUUCGCAGCCAGAGAUGGUACAAAUUCAACGGAUCCCUUAUUGGUCAAACUUUGUGGUUCAAAUCAAAGAUGCCCCGUCUUUUCCUCUGGCCGUUUCAUGUGGUUACGAUUUGAAACUUAUAAGAAAUAUUAUAAUCAAUAUCAUAAUCAAUUUUGGACAAAAAGGAAUGCAUUUCGCGCAACGUUUGCUGCCAUUAAACAAGUUCCAGAGAAGCUGCUCCAAGGAAAUGGCACAUUCAACAUUUCAUUGACAAAACAAGAUAUUCGCGGAAACCUUUCCGACAUCAAGUGUUUGUGGAACCUCACUGCGCCAUCUAAAACCUUCAUCAACCUGUCUAUAGAAUUGACUUCACCCGCUAGGCAAGGAUGUUACCUGCAGGAACGUCUAGAAGUUAUCGAUGGACCACAAUUGGGCGGACACCUAUUGACAACAAGAAGCUGGCAUUUUCUCAAAGCAAGAGCGGUUACAUCUAGUGGACAACACCUUUUGUUGAGGCUUCUUCCUAAUCAACAAGGAACAAGUUGCUUGUUUCAAAUACAUUUUAGAAUAUGGCGCAACAUAAGUGAUGCACGUGAGUAUCAAUCAAUCAUCAACUGA